AUGCACCGAAGGUAUACUAGAUUAUCAGUCAGAUCAGCUGUUUUUGACCGUAGGCAAUGUAGGUUUAUUUUACACAUACCACGGAGUGUAACCUCGUUUUACAUACGCAAAUAUGCAUAUCUGAACAUACAUGUGGCCUAGCCGGUGAAGACCAACUUCAACAACACAACUAUGAGUUAUCACAACGUCAACGGUUACAGGUAUUGCAAGCGCGAUUAUAACAAGGAAUAAAUAAUAAAUUCCACUGAUAAGGUCUAGCACCUGCAACAUAUUGGAUAUCCCAGAUGAAAUGUUGAUUGAAAUCAUCUCAUAUCUCAACGCAAGAGAUCGCCUCACACUCAGUUGUUUGUCCAGGAGGUUUAAUGCCCUUAUAUUUGAGGAGAAAAAAUCUUUGAGAGCUCUGGAUUUUUCAGAAAAAGGCUACUUGACUUCUAUGUCAGACAUACUUAAGUAUUUCAAUAAUAAGAACAAAUAUGAGCACAUACAUUCCAUAAACAUCAACAAUGUCUACUGCACAAGACCAGCGCAAAUAUUGCAAUGUAUUGGUAAGGCAGUAAACCUCGUCGACAUCAACAUUACUGGAAACACAUUUAAAGAUGUGGUCCAGUUAGCUUCUUUUCUGAAACCAUUGAAACAUGUUAAAAAAUUAUGCAUAAAUUGGCCGACUGCUUUAAUUAAUGAUGUAAUGUGCUGUAAGAUUUUGGAGGAACCAUUUGGUAGGCUCACACAUCUGACGCUGACACUUUGCAACGUCAAAUACAAGAAAACGUUGAUCUAUGCGUUAGAACUAUGUCAAAAUCUAGAAGAACUGUGCUUGCUACAGACAACUGAGUGGCUGUCGUCUGGUAUUGGAGAUCCUUGGUUUCCAGAGCCUAAGAAACUUACAAAACUCAGGGUAGCUGCGUGCUGUGGCUGCGACACAGAAUUCCUCAGACGAAUCGUCGUUGACAUGUUGCCAAAUCCUGAACAGUGGGCUAAGUUUCAACCAUACGACGCGACAAAUACGCAUUACUUUUACUUUGAACGCGAGGUUCAGGUAUUUAAGGAGCUGUACGAUAAUGUACGCAUGGAUUUUAACCCCUUUACGCAGUCCCUGCAGAAAGUGGCAUGGUUCCUGCUUUUUGAAUGUCUGUUGAGAGAGGUCAUUAAAAUUAUCGAUCACUCAGCUCCGAGUAAGUUCUGCUGUUUAUCCCACUGUACGGAUCAAUAUCUGUGCUUGCUGAGGAUCAAAGAGGCAAAGUUACUGCUUAAAAAUCCUAGACACCAAUUAACUUAUCUAUAUUUGAACCACAACAUAGAACCAGGGUGUGACGUCCAUCUAGUUGCAGCAACCUUUCCAAGUCUUUCCAAGCUUGUUUUAUCCAAUGUAAUUAAAAGCAAAGGCUCUUUGUUAAAGAAAGUUGAAGCAGAAAUAGGAUUUAAAAGAAAACGUUUGGCUCUCGAGGAACAAAAUCAUUCGGCAGACCAAUCGUCUUUCAGCAAGCUUGUCGAGGCCACUCCUAAUCUGAAAGAUCUCACUCUUUGCGGGAGUACGCUUCAAGAAGAUCAAUCAUGGGACUUGAGUGCGCUGCAUCUGAUUAAGAAGUGGGAAAGUCUGACAACUUUGUGUCUUGCAAAUUUGCCAAUUAGGAGUGGUCAGUUUCUGGUUGAGAUCGGAAAACAAUGUACAAAUCUGGAGCUCUUGAGACUGGAAAAUUUAGGUGCCCGAGGUGUCUGUUGCUACAGGACUGAGCUUCAGCAGAUGUUGACUAACUGUCAAAACUUGAAAGAUUUUGCUAUGCGCCAAGAUAACUUGGGGCAGGUGUCCCCUCUUUUUGCAAAACUUUCCGAAAAUCCGAAACUCAGAAGAGUCUGUGUUAGCAGUUUAGGCAAAGGAAAUAUCAUUGGUGACUUAGUGUUGGCGGUGGGAAAUUUAAUGAGUUCAGCCAACUUAAUUCUGUUUGUAUGCGAAAUCGAGGGAAUGACUCAGGCAGCAUGCACCAGACUGAAAUCUAACUUACAGAGGUUGAAGGAGGUAUUGCACCGUCCAACUUUCCAGUUUGAAGUCAAUUGGCUUGGCUCUCCUGAACCUGCUCGGAACGUCAGCUUGCAUUCUAUCCACAAAGACUUAUUAUUUCCGCUCCGUCUUGUCGACGCUUUGUACAGACUCGACUGUUCCUGAAGAACAAAUGACAUGUUCCAUCCUUUUUUCUUUCAUCUGCCAUCAAUGAUGCUACUUAAUUUAUGACCAAAGUAAUAGGGAGCAGUGCGCGAACACAAUAGCAAUUCGUGCGGUUGAUCUGAGUGGUAACAACCAUUGCUGAACUAAACUGAUUCUUGGCAGUGCUCAGUCUAAGAAAUGUUGUUAUUGAGGCAACCUUAUUUGAGCUACGUUGUUUCGUCUAUAAUUGUGACUUUUCGUUUUUAUUUAUUUUCAUUGUCUAUUUUUUCAACAGAACCAAACAUGUCAUGUGCCUAUGUUACUGUGAAACACCGAAAUCUGGAGAAUGUCGACUUUUACCGGUGAAUGUCAACAUUCACAUAAUCGAUUAGUUUAUGUCCGAAAUAUUUGCUGAAUACCCUUAUUUCUGACUUACACCGAUGAAUGUUGACACUCGCCAUGCAGAACAUAUCGACGCACACCGGAGAGGGUCCAAAUGUACAACAAUAUUAUGAAAUAUUCGAUCUUUCACCGACGUAUUUAGUAUUUGUUGAUAUUCACCGGUGAAAGUCGACAUUCUCUAAUUGCGGUUAUUCUCUGUAACACCUAUAAGAUUCUUCAUCACCAUUGGAUGACUUUGAAUAUACCGUAAUGUUCGAACGUUUGUUUGUGGUGAAUAUAGCGUAAGAUUUUGUAAUUAUAUCACCAUAAGUAAUCGUGAUAAAAUUAGAGUAUGAUGAUGUUGAUAAUUUUUUAAAGAUGGUUGUAUCGAUGUUUAAUAAAAAUAUACUUUUUUAGUUCUUGACAAUA